AUGGCAUUAAGUCGUCUUCCUCGCUUAAUAUCGGAGCAGAUAAUGAGCUCUCUACCACCAGUACAUGUUUAUGAAGUCCGCUGUAUCAUUGGGGAAGAUCUUAUAGAUCAGACAUUGGAAUUAAAAUCUGAAAUUGUUUCUGUUUUGGAACUAGCCAACAAUAACGAAUCUUUCCUACCAUCCUCUCUAGAUUCUUCCAAUUGCUCAGCUGACUUGGAAUAUUUCUCUUUGCUUUAUUUAAACGCCACUGAAAAUAGAUCGAAGCAAGACAAUCCUUAUCAAGCAUUUGAUGGUUUGAAAGAAAAAUCUGAACUUGACUAUUACACUCAAAAAAUAAGAAACUAUAUACUUGCAGAAAUCUCAUUUUUGAAAACGUACUUACAAAAUAUUCAGAAUUCUCUUUUGGAAAACUUCAGUACAUUAAAUCAUGAACAGGAAAAUAUCAAUCAAACCCUUGGAGUAGAUUCAAUAUUAUCCAAACCAAGAACAAUUCAGAACAAUUUAAUAACUAACCAGAAACUGUCUUGUGGUUUAGAGUUCCUUCUUAGUCAAAAUUCAAUCAAUGAGUUGCUUGACAAUUCAAAUGUUCCUUGUUCACCAAUUUCUUUGUCAACUCGAUCAUCAAUUGAUACUUCCUCUUCUUCAUCUUCAUCCAGUAAACCUAAGAGAAAAUCAAUUCAUUAUACGUUGCCUCUUCAUCAGAAUUCAAAUCAUUGUACACAAACUCAAAUGUUGUCUAUAAAAAAUAGCAAAACUAUUACAAAUAGUAUCAAUAUCCCACGAAAAUCAAUAACUACUUACAAGUUAUCCACCUCAGAAACAAAACAGUUACAAAAUGAUACAAAUCAAAAACUUAAUGAACAAAUUCAUUUAUCAUUAAUUUUAAAUUCAUCUAAACAAUUAAAACAACAACUACAACCAUCACAACAACAACAACAACAAUUCUAUUCAAUUAAUAAAUCUCAAUUAAUCAAUCCGAAUUUAUUAAAAUCCUCAACAAAUCAAUUAUAUAAUCUAAAACAAAUUCAUUCAAAUAAUUCAGCACAAAAAUUUCGACAAAUGAUAAUUAAAUUACGUCAAGAAAAUGAAAAUUAUUAA